CUAAGUCGGAACUUUUACUGCAGACAGGAUUUUAAAUUUUGUGCUAUGAAAUAAAAUAGCAUAAUGUGGGUUUUACGGUUAAAGGGGUAAACUACAAAACAUCCAUAAUGGAUAUGAAAAUUAAAGUACCGGAAUUAAUAUGUAUGGAUCCAGAAAAUUAUCGAAAAUAUUUCAGAGCUCUUUGUUGGAGUGGGACAAGAAGGACUGACAAAAAGCCACCCAAAAAGUUUAACAAAAAAGAUAGAUUAAAGAGGCUCAAAGGAUCCAAUGCACUGGCAAUUUGUUAUGCACCUGCUCUUCUGGCCAAUCCAUCAUACUUCGCUGUAUAUGCUACCGUCCGUAGAACUAUUUUAGCUCGCUGUCGACAACUAGAAGCUGCAGCAGCUGAUUUAUCAGAUGAAAGUGACAGUGAAGAACCUAGUCCACCACCACCCAUCAUUGCUAAGUUGCCAAAGAUCACAGGUAUUGGUUUGCGCACAGUUUUUGCUCUUAUCUCUCAGUCCCGGUUCACAGAUGCACAGUUUUGUGAAUAUUCGCUUAAAGCUUUACUGGAUGUCCUACAAGGCCAUGCACCUGAAGAUCUUGCAAAUGAACCUCAUGAGAUAAUGUCAAACCUGCAUAGCAUGCUGGUAGAAGUUGCAAGUGGAAGUGGACCUACAGGACGCACCGAGGCCCCUACAUCUCUGACUUCACUCAGCAGUUCAUGUCUCAUAGCACUAGCGGUUGCCCGUGGCGAGGCUGAGCUUGUACUUGGAGCUGUCACAUCUUUAAUUAUGACUUCAUCUGCGCUUACUGAACAAUACAUACAGAUACCAACAAACUUGACAAUAUUACAACGAAGUGUACAGUCUGUAAUUAUUGGACCUCCAUCACGUAAUUUGUGGUUAAAUUUUGGAGUACCACAUAAGUCCCUAGUGACUAGCUUCCCAGUGGAUUUACCUUCUCAAUUAACUACCGGCUCUGGAGAGCUUGUGGUCCGGUCCCUGGUUUCCGAUGGUUGUUUCUUAUAUGUGUUUACAUCAAAAGGACUGUUGAAAAUCGGCUCAGGAUAUGGCAGCUCUAUACGGCAACAUGUAUACUUGUAUAAAUCAGACUUUUUUGCUAGUGAUCGACAUGGUUGGCUUGGAUUUUGUCGGAACAAAUUGUACGUAAGGAUUGGGAGGAAAAAAAGCGAAGUACAUGAGGUAGAUAAAGAUUCACUAGAAGUGAAGUGCGUGCUGCGAUUAGAUCCAGGACAACCAGGACCGGUUGAACCUAAAUCAGCUGUGUUUACCGACGGCAAUCUGCUGGGCUUAAUCCUCCUUAGCAAUUACGACCAUCUCACAAUAAAAAUGUACGACGCCGAGGCGACAGCAACGGAGCGUGUUCAAGGCGGAAGGUAUACAUUGACUGCGAGGCGAGAAUUCAGUGUUCACUUGAUGCGACGACGCAUUCUAGUCCUUGGCCGACCAGCUUUUGAUGACGGUCUAUCGAGACGAAUGAUCGACUUGGACUCGCCGGUUGCGAUGCAGUUAGACGAUAAUGAUGACGAUCCAUUAAUGAGUAUCUCCAGCGGUCAGGAUUUCGGCCUGUUGACAACGACUUCGGGAAAGGUGUAUUAUACAGGUAAAGGCACAAGUCUAGGCUACAAAGUUGCGACUCCUCAAACCGGCCGCUGGACACUCAUGAAAGAGACACUCUUUAAUAAAAACGAGACUCCUAACACAAGAAGGUGUAAAGUAGUUCAGGUUGCCUUAGGCCAUGAAGGUGUCCACGCAAUCCUAGUGUUAGAUAAUGGAUCGGCGUUAUUCACGGGCAUAGCGCGAAGAGGAGAAGAUGGCGAUGCCAUUAAACACAGGCGAACACCCAAACCUACGCGACCUAAGAAGAUUCUAAGGGCUGAACGUCAUCAUAUAGUGUACGCAGCAUGCAACUACGGCUCGACAGCGCUGGUGACAAGGCAGGGUGAACUGCUCAUGUUUGGCAAAGAUACGCAGCACUGCGGCGAGUCCGGACUAGUCAGUGGAUUGCGACAUGAAAAUAUCAUUCAGGUCGCAUUAGGAAAAGCGCAUGCAAUAGCUCUUACAAACUUCGGUGAUGUUUAUUCCUUUGGUAUCAACAACAAGGGUCAAUGUGGAAGGGAGUUCGGAUACACUAAAGAGAAACCAUAUCCGACUCGAAACACGAGUAACAAGGAGGAAGCUCGGCCAUGCCCCGAUAUGCACACGUGGAACGUAGAGUACUGCCGAGUGUGCGUUCUUUGUCGGGAGUGCACAGGAUUCGGGAGCGGCUGCCAUUGCGCCACGCUGCCUAACAGGGUACCCGGCGAACGUUGCGGGUGCGGAGAAGGCGACAGUGGAUGCAGUGUGUGUGGCGUGUGCAGGCGAUGCUCGGAGGCCUCCACGUCUUCGGCUGCAACUUCUAAACCGGAACAAGAAAAUUUAACUAUCGAAAAAGAGCAGGAGCAGUCCAAUGAACCUGGACCGUCAACAGCGUCGGCAACAGCAGCGGGUCCGACGCCUAGUGGGUCGGGACCGGGAACAGGCGCAGAGUCGGAGCGAGAGGCCAGUGUCAAAGUGAGCUGCCUGGCACCUGCUCGCGUAGUUGUCCCGGGCGGACAUCGAAUCCUCGCUGUAGCCUGUGGACUGCAUCAUACCAUGCUGUUAUCUGAACAUGGUGAAGUAUUUACGUUCGGAUCGAAUCAGUGGGGCGCUUUAGGUGCGGGCGAUAUAUCAACGCAUCACCGUCUCGUGCGCGUGCGCGUCCCUCGCGCGGCCGCCAUCGCCGCCGGCAGCAAUCACAGCGCUGUGCUUACGCGCGAUGGAGAACUCUACACGUUUGGAAGCUACCAGAAAGGAUCAUUGGGUCGAGCUCGGCAGGACGAACCGCGUAAUGAGCGCAGUCCAGUCUGGUACGCGACGCCUGGCCGCGUACCGAGAAUUGGACCACGAUAUGGAUGCCGAGGAGUAUGGAUUAGUGCAUCCGGCGACCAGACCUUCGUACAAGUCUCACAGGCGCUCAUAAACACUGACACGCUCUUCAGCUCUACAAUCACGUCCAACUCCAACAGUAUCAUAAUUCUACCGAACCGACCAGAGCAUACUUUCAAAUGCAUCACUAUAAACAAAAAUGAUGGUGCGUGUAGCGCCUGGACUGGGCCCGAACAAGUUGACUUUGUGAACACACUCGCUUGCCUCGACCCUCUUUACGACGUUCUGUGGUGCUAUCAGCCACAAAUGCGAGUCAUGAAAUGUUUUAACAUCAUUGCAUUCGACUCGCACAAGUUACAGCGAUGCUGCUCGAAUGAUCCCGAAGCAUUUUCGGAUGCUGAAUUCGAGUAUCCUAAUUACGGCUGUAUGAAGAGGUUGGAAGAUUUCCGACAUGUAGAAACUUUUGAAUGGAUUAGCAAUAUUCAUGAUAGAGAAAUAGACAACAUUGUACUUUCCGAUAUGUCUGUUCUCCAUCAAGAAUUAGCUAUUCCUUGUAGCCCAGGGUGCCAGGUUACAAGGAUCCAUGCCGCUUUACAUUUACUGGGGAGCUUAGACUCUCUCACGUAUGCGCACGACAACAAGUCACCGGUAGUCGAAUGCAUACGUGAUAAUACUGUAUUGCCAGUGGCACCAUUGAUUGAGGACUACUUCACUGUCAACCGUUUCGAAAAUCACGGUGGCGGUUGGGGCUAUUCGGGACACUCAAUAGAAGCUAUUCGCUUCAUGUGUGACAACGAUAUAAAACUAGGAGGCAUUGGAUUGUACGGUGGUCGCGGCGAAUACACAGCUAAGAUUCGUCUAUACGACAUUGGUCCAGACGGAGGAGAUCAAGAAGGCGACGGAGAAAUUAUUUUUGAAACGGAGGAUGUAUUUUAUGAAUGUGCUCCAAAGGACAAAUAUCCUUUAAUGUUCGAAUCGCCACUGCCUGUAGUGGCUGGGAGGUGGUACGUAGUGUCUGCUACAAUAAACGGGCCGUCGUCGGACUGUGGUUCGGCUGGUCAGGCGAUGGUAAUAAACGACGAUGUAGGAUUUCACUUUAAAACUUCGAAGAAAUCAAAUAAUGGCACUGAUGUUAACGCUGGUCAAAUUCCUAGUCUCUUGUAUAAUUUAACGAGCUCGGACCAUCCGGUACCUAUUAGACAUUUGGAUCCCGGAGAACCAGUAAUCGUUCUCUCCAAAAAUGUAUCGAGAAAAGUUACAGUCUCGUGUUUCCGAUCUCUCAUAACACUUUUGCAGUGGAGUUGGAAGACGUUUAAAGAUAUUUUGUUGGAUACAAAUGGUCAGAUACCAAUUAAUUAUCAAAAGCUCGUGGUAAUGAAACAUCAAAAGAGAUUGGUAUACAUCAUGCGAGCCGGGUUGAGAUUGGUUAAAUCGUACAUAAAAGAGGUUUACCCGCAGAGCAUCAAAAAGAGAAAUUCACCAGACUACAUGUCGUAUUUCGAAUCAAUAGCAGAUGCUCGAAAUUUUAUUCAGACUGUAAUGGCUGAUCAAACGCCGACGUGUGCUUCGUUACCCCGAAAACAAGGUCGAAGUAAAACUCACAGAAUAUGCUACGUGCAAUUUGCUCUCGAGCUGACAAACUCAGUGUUGAAGGAAGCCCAUGAGACAUUUAACGCGUGUUUUUACGCGUUCUUUCCAACACCCAUUCUGAAAUGGAAUCAUCUUUGCUUAAUGCUGUACCAUGUCAGGGAUGGCAGCGUUCCUCCGUCUCAAGUACGCGAGUUAACAGCAACUUGCGCUGCGAUGUGUCUCUCUCAGAGUCUACGUGAUGUAUUGCAAUACAUCGUACCUCUCACCCAGAGUCAAACAUCGCGUCAGGAUUCGCGCCGAUCUGAAGUCAAGAAUAAAGAUAUACCUUGCAAAUCAGCAACAGUGCCGAGAUCAUCUCACGCACAGAAACCACCGCCUGUUCCACCUAGAGCCAAGGACUCCCAAAAAGCUCAAGACAACAGCGAUACAUCAAGCUACUUAGAAUGGCAUCUGCUGGACGUCGUACCUCGACUGCUGGAUGUAGUACUUAGCCCUAUUAAACAGCAAAUAACGCAUAGGCAAUGCGCCCCCGCUCACGACCACGGGGAGCUCCAAACGCAGGAUCGCCUUGCUGAAUAUUGCUGUAAGCUGACGGCACGCAUUAUUGCCGAAAUGUCGUUCAGUGCUUUGCAGUAUAACAAGGACGAUCCUGAAUCAAAGUCACUGAAGCACCUAGUGACCGCUUCCCGCUUCAUGCGUGAGAACUCGAUGCGGACGUGGAGCACGGGCCACGGCAGUCCAGACGCGAUCUGCUUCACUGUAGACAGACCAGGAGUCGCUCUUUCUGGAGCUUGCGUAUUUGUUGGCUCAGGAAAAUAUGAUUAUUCUUUAGAACUCUUGCACGAUAUGCGGACUAUAUCGGAAGAUGCCAAUCCAACGCACUGUUGGGUUAGCCUUGAAGUGAAGGAAGGUACAUUUUCAUCAGCUGACGCUCAACAUGAUAUGGUGCCUCUGAAGUUUACAAGACCUGUUCUGCUUAAGGAUGACACUCGGUAUGCCUUGCGCUUCUGUUGCGAAGGCGCGCGUACGGCUAGCGGAGACUGCGGACUGCCAGCCGUCACAGGCCCGGAUGGCACUACUUUCCAGUAUUCCUCAUGUUCACUCAGUUUCAACGGAACUACUCUUGCUCGCGGACAGCUUCCUUCUCUCAUAUAUUAUAGGACCAAAUGGAUAGAUCGCAGUAGCGACAGCACAAAUGGUGGGGCCCUGAUCAACACGGGCUUAGUGGUUCGCAACGUGGAACGUCUCCAAGAUGACAUGGACUGGGAGCGCGGCGCUGCUCGCGAGGCUGCCGUGGCGGUGGCGGGUCAGUUGGCGGAGCGAGGCGGCGCCUUGUUGGCAAUGAUGCGCGCACUCUCGCCGGACGAUCUGCGACGCUCCGCCCCCGCUUUGGCUGCCGCACCCGCGCUCAACAUGUUACUGCCGUUCGCGCUAGCCAAUCUCGAAGGACUACAUGAUUCCAAGAGCGUUAUCAAUCUACUCGAAAUCGUACAUAAGCUACUGCCGCACGUAGCAGAAAUGAACCUUAAGAUGCCAACUAACGAAGAGAACCCUUCCAACACGACUAGUCACUACUAUACAUGGGUAGAAAGCGAACAUCCUUACAAACAAUCUACCGUCAUUAAUAAAAGGGUGCUCUUCCCUCCUCAAGUUUCAUGGAUUAUACUAGAGAUGGAUCCACGUAGCAUUACCGCGCAACCCGAAGACACGCUCACGAUAUACGCAGUGGCCGGCGCUCCGAAACAUAAGUGUCACUGUGCGAAUGAUACGCACAUAGCAGAUCCUCCCUUCCGCAAGCGGUUAAUACAACUAACCUCAGAAACUGGGGAGGCAGAGGAAUUAGAAGAGAGUAUCUCUGAGGCACCUUGUAUGCACUACAACUGCACAUACGUCAGUGUCACACCGAAGUUGGCAAAUAUCCCCACGGAGUGGCCACAGCGAGCUUUGCUAGUGCCUGGAAACGAAGUGAUAUUUUCAUUGGAGACUGCGUCCGAUUAUUUGAAUGACUACAACAAAUCCAACAAUGAAGAAAGUCGCUUCGGGUAUCGAUGCCUUUGCGUCGGUUACGAGGAGAGCCCUCUAGCGGGCAUGGGCACGACCGGCGCGAGCACUGCCGGCGGGUGUCUCGCCGCUCUUGAGAUGGAGCUCGUACACCUCGGCGCCACUUGCGCCACGCGACUGCUCGCACCCGACUUGGACAUACCACCACUCACUCAAGCCACAAUAGUUGAGGUGCAGAUGCUCGCGAUGUCGUCGAGCGGAGGAGGCUGCGACGAGAUAGGUGCUGACGAAACAGAAACACUGCUGCUGUCUCGUGGACUCGAAAUAGGCUCACCGCCUGCGGUACAAAGUGUGCUCGAUGGAAACCCGCUGCUGAGGUGCAUAUCGACUGAGCGGCAGUUCUUAUCAGAUUUCGUCGCCGGAGCAGAGAGCACAGCUGGCGGAAGGCUCGCGCAAUGGCUCGCUCCGGGUCCGCGCGUGGAACCCUCUCGGUGUGAGCUGAAAGCACCUUCAGUACCCGCACGACCGGCUGCUCGUCUCAGUCUACCGAUACUCAUCAGAGACCAGUAUGGGGAUAUAGUCUGUUCUCCAGCUCUCAAAGUUGAGGUGGUUGUUCAAAGACUAGAGGACAGUAUUUUCCGGUCAAAUCAAGCAUCUGCGCCGGAGCGUCGAGGCAGCCUGUCCGAUGUGCCGUACCAGCCAACCGUGAGGGAUACCAUGUGGUUUCACGCUAUUACCAUGAUGAAGCCGUAUCAGAACUAUUCGUUCGAGGAGUUGCGCUAUGCAAGUGGAGCUUGGGGCGGCGCAUGCACGCUGCUAGAGGGUCUAGGAGGCGGUGGGCGCAUUCCCGCUGAACGAAUAGUCGUUGACGCCCAGCGCGAUGGCUCUUAUAUGGCUGUUUGGGUGCCACGUGCUCCUGGGAAUUACAUUUUUAGAUGCACACUGGAUGAUUAUCCUACGGCACAGGAUUUAAAGGUGGAAGUGGCAGAGUGCGCUGGCGAGGACACGACAGCAGACCGUUGGCUAGGAUCAGCCACCUACAGAUUACGUCGAUUCGCUAUCCUGGAUAGCGCAGGGUUACGGAUUCGAGCUGGGCCUAGCCUGCAGUCGGAAGAGUUAAGCCGCGUGCCUGCGGGAGCGUAUGUAGCUAUUGUCGAAGAGGUGGUCAAUAAAGACGGUACGUGGGUACGACUUAGUCACGAGACAAUGCAGACAUACAUCGAAGGCUGCGUGAGCGUUGCGUGGUGUCUGCAGUACAACAGUCAUCUUGACCGCACCUUACUCGUGCCCGUUGAAGACGAAGACGCGCAGGAGGAAUACACAGCGAACUAUGAAGUGCUUAACGAGGCUCGAUCGUUGCUUCCUCUGUGGCAAGAAGAAGAGGCUGUACCCGCGCCGAGCAACGUUCCAGAUCCGAUUCCAGAGGAACAGCGCUUCCCUUUCUCAAUACAAUGUGAUCUCGCUAAUGAGAGCGACGAAAGCAGCAGUCCGUACAUGUUUGGAGAGCCAAGCAAGCGUGGGCGUCUCCUGCGCAACCAAUCUACUUCUAUGCCUACCCCAAGACGCAUGCCGCGUCGCAACAACGGUAACAGCGACGAGUGGUGGCCCAUGAAGCACUGCUCGAGUGACAACGUAGCGGCGAUGCAAGAGACCGAUAUUCUGGAGACAAAGGAAGAAACAAUGGCGGGCCGCGUGGCGCAGACCGGCACGCAAACCUCGCCCGACAGCGUCGUCGAAGAUGUCGUUAAUGCUCACUAUGACGCGCCGAAGGAGUGGAGCCCUAAACGGUUGUCCUGGGAGCAUUUGCGUCCGUCGCGCAGUCGACGUAGCGCGUCGCCCCCGCCUUUGCCUGCGCGGAACGUGCCGCCACGCAAGUUCGCACUCAGUCCCGCGCAGGCUGAGUGUCUGCGUGCUAUUUUCGCUGCACUACUCUGGCACGAAGGUAUAGUGCACGACGCCAUAGCUUGCGCCGCGUUCUUGAAGUUUCACCCACAGCUGCCCAAAGCAGGCGCACGUGUUGUGACACGACCCCCACAUGACACACCUCCGCCAAGGCCCCAGCGUCACUCCGUCGAAGUAUCUAAUGCAGGACAAUAUUUGCAUAUUAAUCCAUCUCCACUGGAUACUCUGACGCGUUCCGGCACCGAGUUACCGAGCACAAGUCGAGCGCAUAUAUCUGAGAUAGACGCCCCUAUUCGUGAGGAGGAAGCCGGCGCUUCGAGCGCCCCUGAUACUGCUCCGUCUGUGGUGAACGUGUUGCCGCCGUCUUUGCGUGCGCUAGUCGCGCUCUGGGACGCACUAAACGAUGCCGAUCAACUGAUUGUAGCUACUGAUAAAAAUAGAAAAGAUCUCAUCGAAAAAAAUGAAAACGAGGACUCAAAACUGGUAGUACGCAAGAAGAGAGAUUAUAAAUAUGGAAGAGCUCCGCUCAUGGUUUCCUGCGAGCUCUGCGGUGGUGGUAUGGUGCCUCCGCCGCUAGCGGCACAUAUGCGACACAUGCACCCCGGUUGCCGGGCGCCCACAGUCCGCGGAUACGAUCGCUGCGGACAGUACAAGCAGGCAGACUCCUUUCCUAAUGAUUCGACCUCGUCCGAGUGUGGACAGCUUUCUCAGGACCUUAUUGGUGUGAAAAUUCGAGCUACCUUAGUAGCGUACCAAUUGUGGUACUUGUACUGCGAGAAAUGCCGCGAGCGCGCGUUGAAGGCCAUCGCGCGUCAGCGAAACAGACUGGGCCCGGAGGACGGUCGUUUCGGCUUCGAGCGCGCCCCGCCCGAUAUCGAUCACCACACCAUGAGAGACAACGCCACCUUCCUGCUCGACCUGGCACCGCUCAUCAACUCAGAAUCAUCAAGCAGUUCUGGUUGGCAUGAAAUAGGUGGACGCAGUCCGCCCACGCCACCUGGCAGUGUAUGGCAGCCGGCGCCGCCAUUCCAGUGUCUACCGGCUUUAGGCGCUGCGCCCAAGACCGCAUCAACCGUACCCGAUACCGCAAGAUAUCAUUCGCUAGGAAGACCACCGCCGGCAACUUCGGACGAGAUACCGUCAACGUCUGGUAAUGCUGGUGCCCAGUGGGCGCGAGUGCCUCGCUCCGUGUCUAUGGGACAGGCGGGAGGGCGAGAUCUCGCAAACGCGGCGCGUCCACUUCAGGAUAACAUCGAGCCAGACCCACAAGAAACACUUUCCGGAGUCGGCUCGUCCCUCUUAGCCCAGCCAAGCGCAGCUCUCCAGAAACUAGUUGGUGGGGGAGAGUGGGCAAGUGAAGGUUGUGCGGUCUCAGCUUUUGAGUCACCGCAAGUUGACCCCGAUAUGAUCAUGCGCAGUCCAGUACUCGCCUUUAUCCUUGCCAAACGCGACCUCCCAUCUUGCCGACAAAAGAUGGAUGCUGCAGUUCGAAUAAAUACGAUCAGACAGUACGCUUUCGAAGCACUAAAUUGGCUACUACGCUCGACGUCUCAACCAACUAGCGUGCAUGAUGUCAUGUGGUGGUUUUGCAACGCGCUCGACAAGUUCGCACGCAUCGUUCCGCCGCCACUCUCUUAUGAUGAUAACAAAGAGAAUACGUGCAAUGACUGGAGCCGGUACCCGACUCCGACGGCAUCGGCAGCAGCUAUAUGCCCUGGCGGUCGAGCAGCGCGGGGUGCACGCGCCGCCUUCCACGCAUUCCUCGGUUCUGUGAGCGCUCUGGCGCCGUCGCUACCGCCUGCCAGCGCUGCAGCGCUACAAGCCGUGCGCUGCUGGGCGCUUCACUACUCGCAGCACGAUAGAUCAUUCUUGCAUCGAUCGCAAGUGUUUAGUGUGAUAAGCAAGAUCUUGUCACAUGCCGAAGACAGCGCUUAUGAGGAAGGUUUGCUUGGUGCUCUCCAAGAGAGUUAUCAUAGCUAUCUCACUAAGCAACAGGAGUUUAUAUGGAGUUGCCCCGAUGUUACUGGCUGGUGUGAAGUGAGCGUUUCGUCGCGCCCCGGAAUGGCAGGCGCUUUGACUGACGGCAGCACCGAGACCUUCUGGGAGUCGGGAGACGAGGAUCGCAACCGAGCUAAAUGGAUACAACUCUUAUAUUCCGGACCGUCUCAUCAAGAUCGACCACAUAUACUUUGUGUACACGUCGACAAUACUAGAGAUACCGUGAAUAAGACCUUGUUGAUGACAUUCUUGUACAGCGGUGGAUCAAGUGACAUGACUCAUAUGCAAGAUAUUGAAGUCGAUCCUAAGGCGGCUACUUGGGUUUGCUAUACUUUACCAAGAUCAUCCACUUCUUCAGUGCGUUUGCGGUGUGAGCUUCGCGGACCAGAAGGUGCUGUGCGCGUGCGUCAGCUACGUGUACUCGGAGCACCCAUAAUGGACCCUGAGCCGCAUUCAUCGGUGCAUCCUCUACAUUCUUUGGCGGAGAGAGAUACACUAAGAGUGUUUCGAUUGUUGACGUCUCAAGUUUUCGGAAAACUUCUGGAAUGGGAGCAAAGUAGCAGCGAGUCUGGCGAGGGCGGGACAGCCGAAGAGGCAGCAGGAGACGACAGUGAUUUACGGGAACACGUUGUUGGCAUCCUAUUCGCUGGACACCAACUCACUUCACUGCAGCGACAGGUUAUGUCGCACAUCGUAUUCGCGAUCGGGUGUGAAGCGGCCCGAGUGCGCGACGACUGGGAGACUGCUCUCCUUUGCGCGGAGGCGGCUGACCGUGACCCCGACGAGCCACCACGGCUGCCUCUCGUCCACCACCAGCAGGACAAUUACUGUUUUGAAAUGCUUUCGCUGUUGUUGGCACUCAGCGGUAGUGCUGUGGGGCGCGCACACCUCGCCCAACGAACGGAGCUAUUAGCCGAUUUGCUGGCUUUGUUGCACACGGGCAGUGAACGUGUGCAAAGACAAGUUAUAUCAUUACUACGCCGGAUGAUCGCUGAGGUACCGCCGCAAAAAAUGUUAGCGGCGCUAAGUUAUGGUGGAGACAUAGCAGUUAGGAUAACACUACUGGACCACUUAGUGUGUUACGUUGGCAAGGCAAUCACGGUACAAGUCAAGGUGAAAGGUGGAGGCACUGUUAAUCCCGGCACAGUGACCUUAGGAGGCAGCGUCAGCCCCGUCCCACCACAGGUCUGGUUUAUGCGUGGCGAGACUACCAAGAAGCACGCACAUCUUGUCGUCAAACUGCUGAUAGAUAUGGCAGAGGAUAAAGUAUCCAGUUCUUGGGGCAUGGAGACACGCUCCGCUCUGGUGCAAUAUGUGCGUGGAGUUGCGUUAGUUGACGAAAUGGAUCGUCGGCCCCCACGCUGUAUUGCAUCGGCCGUCGUCUGGCAGGCAUUGGCAUCUCUAUGUGUCUGUGACCACCACCAUAUCGAACUUAUAAACAGAUCAAACGAGAGUCGAGAUAAUCGCGGUCGGGAUUCUGCUGCUGAAACUAGAUCGCAUUGUACCAAUCACGAUGACGGUUCUACGCUAGCAGUCAUCGAGUGUCGUUCAUGCGGUCCGUUGUGCGCAGAGUGUGAUCGUUUCUUGCACCUCAAUAGGGCUGCACGCAAUCAUCAACGACAGAUAUGCAAAGAGGAAGAGAGCGCCAUCCGCAUUGACAUACACGAAGGCUGCGGGCGAGCCAAGCUCCAUUGGCUACUGUUGCUCGUAGAUCGACGUACGCUCAAGGCACUAGUUGAGUUCCGCGGACUCGAAGGCGCGGGGACUGUACCGACUGAGACAGAAGGUAGCGGAGGGCUGGCUGGCACGUGUCGCUUCUGUGGAGCAAGGGGAAGUACUGGACUACUGGCCAUAGGAAAUGUUUGUGCCGACCAACAAUGUCAGGAACACGGUCGGGAGGCCUGUACUCGCGUGCACAGUUGCGGUCACGCAUGCGGAGGCGUACGGGAUGAGAAAACUUGCCUGCCGUGCUUGUUCGGCUGCGCCGGUUGUGAAUCGUUGCGGCAGGACGCAGACGACAUGUGCAUGAUUUGCUUUACUGAUCCACUUCAGGCUGCGCCCGCUAUCCAGCUGACAUGCGGGCAUGUGUUCCACCUGCACUGCUGUAAGAAAGUCCUGGCGAACAAGUGGGUCGGGCCCCGCAUUACAUUCUCUUUUUCGCAGUGUCCUAUUUGCAAGGAGGAUAUGACUCAUUGGACUUUAGAAGAACUUCUGACCCCGAUACGUCGACUGUCCGAAGAGGUUCGUCGCAAGGCGCUGAUGCGGCUUGAGUACGAAGGGCUGGCGGCGGGCGGCUCUCGCGGCCGCGCUCAAGAAGAUCCCGCCACAUACGCCAUGGAACGCUACGCCUACUACGUCUGCCACAAGUGCGGCAAGGCGUACUUCGGCGGCCUGGCGCGCUGCGAAGCGGAAAGCAGCGGCUGGUGGGAACCGACGGAGUUGGUCUGCGGCGCAUGCAGCGAUGUUGCGGGCGCGCGCACGUGUCCGAAGCACGGCGCGGACUUCCUCGAGUACAAGUGCCGUUACUGCUGCUCCGUGGCAGUAUUCUUUUGCUUCGGGACGUCGCACUUCUGCAACUCGUGCCACGACGACUUCCAACGUGUUACAAACAUACCCAGACAUUUAUUGCCGCAAUGUCCCGCUGGACCCAAAGGGGAGCAGCUUCCCGGAUCAUCCGACGAAUGUCCACUCCACGUGCAACAUCCGCCGACGGGCGAGGAGUUCGCUCUCGGCUGUGGAGUCUGUCGCCACGCACACGCGUUCUAAACCACCAACAAUUGUUCGGUCGAAAUCCAUAUAAUUUGCACACAUUAAUGUUUCGUCUUAGCAAUACUACCAUUUUAAUGUUAGCCGAAAAGAAAACUUAACCAUCCCGAACUGACAGAUUUUGAUCGGAAAUACUAGCUUACCUUCACUCAUUGAAUUGUACAAGACCUAACCCCGGGUAGUAACAAUUGGCAAUAAAAUAUUGACAUCUUUGUGUUACCGAGCAAAGUCCUCGGAUUGAAAUCCUACGAAGUGAUCAACUGAAAUAAAAUAUGUGCAUAAUAUAGUCGUCACGGUCUUCAUUCUGCGCAAGCGCGGGGAAAAGAAGUGACCAUGCGCUUGCCAUUGGUAAAACUUAAUUUGCCUGAACAUAAAGGAUAAUAUGUCUUUAAUGAUGACUUAUGUAAAACCACUGAGGCGAUUGUUCCUAGUAUCAAUUGUAUACAAUCACCGACAGCAAUUUAUUUACAAUUCGGUCGGUAUUUGUUAAAUAUUUAACCGAUAUAAUUAGUUAAUAAAUAUGUUAGUAUUGCGUUUUUUGACGAUGCGUUUUGGAAGAUAUAUUUAUAACUGUCCAGUCACGAUGAGUUUUAUAAUUUUAAUUUAAUAUUUAAGCAGAUACGUUCAGUUGAAGGUGUGUUUUGGUUUUAUUCUUAAUAUUUUUAAUAUAUAAGAAU